CAGCCCGACGCCCUCGACGCCCCGCGACUCCACACCACCCCAAACUCCAAAGUAAAAACGGCGCCCGCGCCGAGCGGCGCACGCGGCGAGCGCAUCACGUCGCGAUGCCGCCGGCGCAGCCAGAUCCCGAGCCGCCCCCCAUCCACCGCCUGCUGGAGCUGAUCAAAUCCGAGCCCGACCCCGCCACCGCGCUCUCCCACCUCGAGCUCCUCGUCUCCACCCGCCCGGCCUUCCCCACGCCGCAGCCUCUCAUCUUCCACCUCCUCCGCCGCCUCGCCGCCUCCUCACCUUCGCACCUUCCGCGGCUGUUGGGCCUUCUCCCGCGCAUGCGCCACCGCCCGCGCUUCUCCGAGUCCGCGGCCCUUGUCGUCCUCUCCGCAUUCUCCCGCGCCCUCAUGCCCGACGCCGCGCUCGCCGCGUUCCGCGAUCUCCCCUCUCUACUCGGCUGCAACCCUGGCAUCCGCUCCCAUAACGCCCUCCUUGACGCGUUUGUCCGCUCCCGCCGGUUCUCCGAUGCGGACGCGUUCUUUACCUCCCUCUCCCACGGUGCCUUCGGCCGCCGCCUCGCCCCUAACCUCCAGACAUACAACAUCAUCCUCCGCUCUCUCUGUGCCCGCGGGGACGUCGAUCGCGCAGUGUCGCUCUUCGGUUCGUUGCGUCGCCGUGGAGUGGAUCCUGACCGAGUAACCUACUCCACCCUGAUGUCGGGACUUGCGAAACAUAACCAAUUGGACAACGCGCUCGACCUGCUCGACGAAAUGCCGAACUGUGGAGUGCAGGCUGACGCCGUCUGUUACAAUGCAUUGCUCAGUGGUUGCUUCAAAAAUGGCAAGUUCGAGAAAGCCAUGAGGGUUUGGGAGCAAUUGGUGAGGGAUCCAGGUGCGAGUCCCAACCUUGCCACUUACAAAGUGAUGCUUGAUGGCCUGUGCAAGCUUGGGAGGUUUAAGGAGGCAGGGGUGGUAUGGAGUAGGAUGGUGGCUAAUAAUCACCAACCGGAUACAGUUACUCAUGGUAUCUUGAUUCAUGGGUUGUGCCGAUCUGGGGAUGUGGAUGGUGCAGCACGGGUUUACUCUGAGAUGGUCAAGGCUGGGCUUAUUCUUGAUGUUGCCGUGUAUAAUUCCCUCAUUAAGGGGUUCUGUGAAGUGGGGAAAACAGGUGAAGCUUGGAAAUUCUGGGAUUCCGUAGGGUUUUCUGGCAUUCGUGAUAUAACAACUUAUAAUAUAAUGAUGAAGGGGCUGUUAGACAGUGGCAUGGUUAAUGAAGCUAGAGAGUUGUUGGCACAAUUGGAGAAUGAUGCUUCAUGCUCCCCUGACAAGGUGACUUUUGGCACACUGAUCCAUGGUCUAUGUGAGAAUGGCUUUGCUUACAAGGCAUUUGAAAUUUUGGAGGAUGCACGAACCGGUGGGAAAGAAUUGGAUGUGUUCUCAUACUCAUCAAUGAUAAAUCGAUUUUGCAAGGAUGGUAGAACAGAUGAUGCCAAUAAGGUAUAUGAGAAUAUGGUGAAGGAUGGUUGCAAACCAAAUUCUCAUGUUUACAAUGCACUGAUAAAUGGUUUCUGCCGGGCACGCAAGAUCAGUGAUGCUGUUAAAAUCUACAUUGAAAUGGCAGGCAAUGGUUGUUCGCCAACCAUGAUCACAUACAACACUCUUAUAGAUGGUUUGUGUAAGGCUGAAAAGUAUCAAGAAGCUUCAAGCUUAACAAGAGAAAUGAUAGAGAGAGGUUUUACACCAGAUAUCAAAACAUAUGGCUCUGUGAUUCGUGGCCUUUGUCGAGAUAAGAAGAUUGAUUCUGCACUUGGUAUUUGGAAUGAAAUUCUUGAUGCAGGUCUUCAGGUGGAUGUAAUGGUGCACAACAUCCUAAUCCAUGGUCUUUGUUCUGCUGGUAAAGUAGAUGAAGCUUUUCGUCUUUACUUGGAGAUGAAAGAAAAGAAGAACUGUUCCCCUAAUCUAGUGACCUAUAACACAUUAAUGGAUGGAUUUUAUGAGAUCGGUUCUAUUGAUAAAGCAGCAUCGCUUUGGACUACCAUCUUGGAUAAUGGGUUGAAACCAGAUAUUGUUACAUACAAUACAAGAAUUAAGGGUCUAUGUUCUUGUAAUAGGACACCUGAGGGGGUCCUGUUAUUGGACGAGGUGCUUGCAAGAGGUAUUAUACCAACAGUCAUUACCUGGAACAUAUUAGUAAGAGCUGUAAUCAAAUAUGGCCCUAUUCAGAUAUGACACGUUGUUAUUCCUCAAGUUCCUCAAAGUCGAUCCUGAAAGUUUACUCAAGGCCACCAUGAUCAAAGACCGAUGAUGAGCUCAGAACCCAGAGCGACAAUGGCUUCAACGUCCUUAUAUUCCCACGGUAGUAUGCCCUACACUUCAGCGAUCAGCGCUUUCGGUGGUGACAUAUCCUGCUCAUAGAUGACCUGAGCAACCAGACCAAUGAAAAUCAGACCCAGAGCAGCAACCUUCCUCCACUCCACCUCGGGUGUAGCAAAGACAGCAUUCGCGAUUGUAAGCCCAAGUAUUGC